AUGGAUUUCCAGGAGCUGGAGGCGGCGGAGGGGCUGCGCUUCUCGUGGAACGUGUGGCCCUCGUCGCGCCUCGAGGCGGCGCGCUGCGUCGUGCCGUUCGGCGCGGUCUUCACGCCGCUCGCGGAAAUCGCGGAUCUGCAGGUCGUUCCGCAUCCGCCGCUGCUCUGCAAGGCGUGCGGCGCCGCGCUUAACCCGUACUGCGCGCUGCACUGCGGCACGCGCUCGUGGGCGUGCGCGCUGUGUCAGCAGGUACCGUGGGGGUUGUGUGGGGGGGAGGAAAUGGGGGGUGGGCGGAGGCAUGGCGCAUGCGCGCUCCAGCAGGGGGGGCAAAGGGGCGCCGCGCCCAACCCGUACUGCGCGCUGCACUGCGGCACGCGCUCGUGGGCGUGCACGCUGUGCCAGCAGCCCGCGUUCCUCUUUGUGUUGGACACGUGUGUACCCCCUGACGAGCUACACCACGCCAAAGCCGCACUUCUACAGCUGCUGCCGCUGCUACCAGUCACCUGCAGACUCACAUCUGCCCCCUCCCCCCAAAUUCCCAACAGGCAGCCCGCGUUCCUCUUUGUGUUGGACACGUGUGUACCCCCUGACGAGCUACACCACGCCAAGGCGGCCCUUCUACAGCUGCUGCCGCUGCUACCAGUCACCUGCCCCGUGGGGCUCAUCACAGUGGGCGCUCAGGUGGCCGUGCACGAACUCUCCCACUCCCUCCCUCACUCACUCCCUCACUCACUCCCUCACUCGCGCCCUCACUCUCAAGCUGGCCCGCUGUCGUCGCGUGUGGUGCUGCUGCCAGGGGACAAGGACCUACCUCCCAGCAAGAUAAAGCACCUCCUGGGUUUAGGGCUGGGCUUGCCUCAUCCUCACCCUCCCUCUGCACCAUCCACCACCGCACCCAGCAGCAGCAGCGGCCACUCCAAAGGGCCGUUUACUGGCAAGCCGUCCUCUCCCAAGGCCCCCCUCUCGCCUAGACCCUCCUCCUCCUCCCAUUCCUCGUCUGCCCGCGUGUCAGCAUCACCGCCACCGCUGCUAGCACCUCCAUCAUCAUUACUGUCCACGUCAGCAGAGCCAGUGUCAUCUUCGCCGCCCCCGCCGUCGCUGGUGCUGGGCGGUAGACGGGCGGCGGAUGGCUGGUACCUGGUGCCUCUGGUGGAGGGAGAGGCCGUGCUGAGGGGAGUGAUCGCAGCGCUACAGCCGGACUCACAGCCAGUGGUACCGGGAGUCAGGCCGUGCCGAGCCGUAGGCGCAGCUUUGGCAGCCGCUGUGGCUGUGAUGGAGGCUCGGGGCGAGCAGGGGGUAGCAGAAGAGGGAGGCGCGGAGGAUGGGGCGGGACGGGCAGCAUGGGAGAAGAGAGGAGCAGCGGAGGAGUGGGGAGGAGGGGCAGCAGAGGCAGGCGAGCGGGCGAGGAGGGAAGGCGAGGGGACAGGGAAGACAGGGGAGGGAACGAGAAGGGGAAAGGAGAGGGCAGGAGUGGGAGGGGAGAGAGGAGGGGGAGGGGAGAGGGCGUUGCAGUCAGGAGGGCGAGUGGUGGUGCUGCUGGGAGGGCCGGGAACAGUGGGGCCGGGCAUGGUGGUGGGUACGGAUAUGGCAGACUGCCUCCGCACACACUCGGAUAUUCUCCUCGACAACACCGCUUUCUACCACCGUGCCACGCGGUUCUAUACUCAACUCGGCGAGCGAGCAGCGGAGGUUUCAGCGACCAUAGACGUGUUUGCAUGUGCGGCGGACCAAGUGGGAGUGGCUGAGAUGAGGGGCGCCAUCGAGUCGACAAGUGGCACGCUCGUAUUGGCUGACUCGUUUGAGUCUGACAUCUUUGCCAAGUCGCUGUGCAAGCUGUUUCAACGGUCCCAUGAGGGUCCUCUGCUAGCCGCCACAGACGGGGUAGUGGAGGUGAAGCUCCCCAAGGAGAUCAAGGUGAUGGGGGCGGUGGGGGCGUGUGGCAACCUGUGGCGCAGGGCGGAGAGUGUGAGCGAGCACGAGGUGGGGCAGGGGGGCACGGCGGCCUGGCGCCUCUGCUCCCUCUCCCCCCGCUCCUCCUCCCUCGCGUUCUUCUUUGAAAUCGCGCCCCCAAGAGCACACCAGAUCCCACCGGGCUCAUUUGCACUGUUCCAGGUGUGUUGGCCUGGGAGGGUUGGCAUGUCUUUCUUUCCGUCUGCUCCCUCUCCCCCCGCUCAUCCUCCCUCGCCCUCUUCUUUAGAAUCGCAUCACCCAGAGCACCAGAGUCAGCCACGCUCGUGUGCUGUCACGUGUGUGCUGUCACGUGUGUGCUGUCACGUGUGUGCUGUCACGUGUGUGCUGUCACGUGUGUGCUGUCACGUGUGUGCUGUCACGUGUGUGCUGUCACGUGUGUGCUGUCACGUGUGUGCUGUCACGUGUGUGCUGUCACGUGUGUGCUGUCACGUGUGUGCUGUCACGUGUGUGCUGUCACGUGUGUGCUGUCACGUGUGUGCUGUCACGUGUGUGCUGUCACGUGUGUGCUGUCACGUGUGUGCUGUCACGUGUGUGCUGUCACGUGUGUGCUGUCACGUGCGUGCUGUCACGUGUGUGCUGUCACGUGUGUGCUGUCACGUGUGUGCUGUCACGUGUGUGCUGUCACGUGUGUGCUGUCACGUGUGUGCUGUCACGUGUGUGCUGUCACGUGUGUGCUGUCGCGUGUGUGCUGUCGCGUGUGUGCUGUCUCGUGUGUGCUGUCUCGUGUGUGCUGUCUCGUGCGUGUUGUCGCGCACACAUGAGAAUAGAGCGCACAUGAGGUGUUUGGCUGUUUUCCCACCAUCCCCCCUCCACUGUCUUACUGCGCUCCCACCAACCCUCUGCCUGCACCCCCCCUCUUCCUCUCAGUUCCUCACCACGUAUCGCCAUGGGGAUGGCAGUAGGAGAGUGCGCGUGGCUACAGCAGCCCGGCGAUGGGUGCACAUGGGGGGAGAGGGGGGUGGUGGCGCGGAUUCGCAGGCUGUUGGGGUGGGGGUGGCGGAAGGGGAUGGGGAGCUGGUGGUGGGGGGGGUGCCGGGAGGGAGGGCAGCUGCAGCACUGGCGGAAGUGGUUAUGGGGUUCGACCAGGAGGCUGCUGCUGCACUCGUGGCCAAGCUAGCUGCCUUCAAGGCGGAGUCGGAGGACAUGAGUGACGUGCUGCGCUGGUUGGAUCGCAUGCUCAUCCGCUUUGGAGCCAAGUUCGGCCAGUACAGCCGGGGGGACCCCUCCUCCUUCCACCUCGCCUCCGCCUUCUCCCUCUUCCCCCAGUUCAUGUUCCACCUCCGCCGCUCCAGCUUCCUCCAGGUGUUCAACCACAGCCCCGACGAGACGGCUUUCUUCCGUCUCAUGCUCACCAGAGAAGCCGUUGCCAACUCCCUCCUCAUGGUUCAGCCGGCUCUGAUUGCAUACACCUUUGAGUCCCCACCACAUGCUGUGCUGCUGGACGUGUCGUCGCUGCAGCCCGACUGUGUGCUGCUGUAUGAUGGAUUCUUCCACGUUGUUGUGCUGCAUGGCUCCACCAUCGUGCACUGGAAACACCAGGGAUUCCACCUCGACCCUGCGCACGCAGCCUUCAGGAAACUUCUGGAGCUGCCAAUGGAGGAUGCAUUAGCUCUGGCUAGUGAGAGAAUGCCCGAGCCUAGAAUCAUGGAGUGUGAACAAGGAAGCAGCCAGUCAAGAUUCCUAACUUCCAGGCUCAACCCAUCAGCCACGCAUGCUAGCUCGUCCAUGCCUUCAUCUCCAUCUUUUGUAGAGGAGGCAAAGCAUUCGCAGCAGUACAUUUUCACAGAUGACGUUAGCCUAGAGACCUUUUCACAACAUUUGCAGCGCCUCGCUGUUCAAUGA